UCCUUUACGUUUGGCUCUCUGGCCAUUGUCGAACGGGUUUAUUGAAUUUCCUCACACAGUUUAUUGAGCUGUUUGCAUUCGUACGAAUUGUGGACUGGUGGCGAAGUAGUCGUCGAUUUUUCAUUUUCCUUUUUCCCCAGCCGUUGGGUUAGAUUGUGUGCGGGUUAGAGUUUGUGCUUUGUAGUUCCAGAAUCCGCAACCACGGCGAAACGCUACCAGGAAGAACCGUUCAUUUUGAAUCAAGCAACGCCGGCAAUCUUCGUUUUCCCGAUGUCAUCGUCGUUGCGUUACGAUCUUAAUAACGGCUCUCAGGAUGGACUGCACGAGCAUCCUGUGGGUGUGGUAGGCAGUGCGAGGAAAAGCGCAUUAAACGCAAUGGGCACUUCCGGCGAGGGCGAGCUGUUUAGUAACAUUAUGAUGGAGGCCGACUUUAGCAUAAGAAAAAGGCGAGUUUGGGUCCCCGAGCAGGAUUCGCUUGCCUCCGAAGACAUCGAUCUACUUGAUGACGAUGAUGAUCUGGAGGAGGAAGAGGACGACGGUGUUGGCUGCCCGUUACCCUCAACGCCUGAAGAUAAUCAACUACUCGAAGCGGAAAUGACCGAAGUGCUGAAGGCAGGCGUCCUGUCCGACGAGAUCGAUCUCGGAGCGCUCGCGCAUAAUGCGGCCGAACAGGCAGAAGAAUUCGUGCGCAAGGUUUGGGAAGCAUCCUGGAAGGUGUGCCACUUUAAGAACCUUCCCGCGUGGCUGCAGGACAACGAUUUCCUGCAUAAAGGUCACCGACCGCCGCUGCCCUCGUUCAGCGCCUGCUUCAAGUCCAUCUUUCGCAUCCACACCGAAACGGGCAACAUCUGGACGCAUCUGCUCGGCUGCGUCAUGUUCAUCGGAGUGGCCACUUACUUCCUGACGCGUCCAGCGUUCGAGAUCCAACUGCAGGAGAAGUUGAUCUUUCUUACCUUCUUCAUUGGCGCCAUCAUUUGUCUUGGGUUUUCGUUCGCCUUCCACACGCUCUGCUGCCACUCGGAGAUGGUGGGAAAGCUGUUUUCUAAGCUCGAUUAUUGCGGAAUUGCUCUUCUAAUUAUGGGCUCGUUUGUUCCAUGGCUGUACUACGGUUUUUACUGUCAUUACAAACAUAAACUCAUCUACCUGACAGUCGUCAUCGUAUUGGGCAUUACCUCCAUCAUCACCUCGUUGUGGGACAAAUUUUCUCAGCCCAACCUGCGACCCCUUCGAGCAGGAGUGUUCAUGAGCUUCGGUCUGUCUGGUAUCAUCCCGGCGAUACAUUACGUGCUGAUGGAAGGUUGGGUGAGCAAAAUCUCUCAGGCUAGUCUCGGCUGGCUGAUUUUAAUGGGUUUGCUGUACAUUCUGGGCGCUCUCUUCUACGCUCUCCGUGUCCCCGAGCGGUGGUUCCCGGGAAAGUGUGAUCUCUGGUUCCAGUCACAUCAGAUCUUCCACGUAUUGGUGCUUGUUGCUGCCUUUGUCCACUACCAUGGCAUCAGCGAGAUGGCCAUGUACCGCGUGACGGUUGGCGAGUGUGACAUUCCGCACCAGCACCCGGCGAUCAGCUUUUAAGGCCCCUCUUUCUCUAGCUGUGGCGAGCAUACUAUUGGCCUUUGAUACAAAGGAGAUCUCUUUCCGGAAGCAUUAAUUUUACUUAACCGCCUUUCGAAUUGAGUACCGAUGAUCAGAGCCGCGGAAUCACUUACAGAAGUAUAGUGGCUGCUAGAGAAGAUUUCCAUUGUUGCUUAAUUUAUUGUCAUAUCCUUCUCUUGGCUUGCUUCUAUCCAUUUCUUUAUUGAUUUAAUUCGGAUAUUUUUCACACAUUUUUUUCAGAAUAAGAACCGAAUCCUUAUGUUUCUUCCUUGCGCGUUAUUAGAUUUCAUAAAGGUUUAUUGUAUUUUUGUUUAUAACAAGCAGAACAAUUGUUCUCUUAUCGGCGUUUCCUUAAUCAGCUACUUGCAUCAUUAUUGAAUAUCUUUUCUUUUUAUUACCGGAACCCGUAGCCAGGAACAUAGGGACUCGCUAACCAGAAGAUCGUGUUGAAAAAAUAAGGGAUAAGGUGUGCGACAGCCCGUGGAAACUAGUAAUUCUUAGAUAAAACCAAACCAUAGACUAUUUUAGGUACCGUAAGCAACCACAAAACACGGCUUCAUCAAAUGUAAAGGGAUUUUUUGGCUCUUUGUUUUGUUAGUUUUUUAAUUAACUAAACACAAUCCAUAAAUCCAUUACGAUCUAUCGCCUUUCACGAGCCUUUCACCUUGAGCUCUUGUUGCGGGGGUUAUUCGCGAGCUCGAUUAUAAUCAGGCGAGCAAAUUUUAAACGGAAACUCGUCUGAAAUAUCAUAAUAUUAUCAAUGCCAGCGAUAGUGUUUUUUCCAAUACAAAAAAUCGGCGACCUAUCUGUUCUACUUGUCCCAUUGCAUCUAUUAUAGUUUCACACACGCGCAAGCAGCACCAAGAAAACUGUUUUCGUACACAGCAAGCAAAUAACUCCAAAUUCAACAGUCGCACAUAAAGGACAUCUUAAAUAUAGCAACAACAAAAAACGAAAAAGACACACAUCAUAAAGGGACAAACAUACAAAGAUGUUGUUAGUUGGGGAAUUUGGGAAAAUUUCACGUUCGUCGAAAGCUUGCGGUAUAUCGGCGGAUAAAAAAGAUAACAGAGUAACGACUGCGAAGUAAAAGUGGAAAUAGGUUGCAUUAUAGGAACGGAGGUGGAUGUAUGAAUUUCAACUAAAGUGAAAUAAGAAAAACUUGAUAAAAACAAAAAAAACAACCUGAUGAUUACACAAUAAUAUGUACCAGAGCUCUAAAAAGAAAUUAAAAUGUUGCUGAUGGGUACACCGUAAGGAAUAGAACAUGAUCUGUUUACUCUUUUUUUAGGCGAAAGAAAAUCCCACUUUCUUUUCGAUACAUUGGUUUAUUUGCGUCUUUAUUAAUAUUUCAUACAAAUUACACGGCAUCACCGUCGAACUCUGUUUAAUUCUCGCUGCUCUGCCAGCUGCAUUCCACUAUCAACCAACAACUCUAUACGAAGAGCGUUAGCAGUAGCAGCCCCCUUCGAAAAAGAACGAGAAAGAGAGUCCCGAACCCUGCGUUCUACACACCUGGAGUGUAUAAAGGCUUAGAAAAAUGAAAAACAUAAAACACACGCAUGUGCCAAUACAGUUCUUGCUCCUCGAUGGUGCCGUCUACUGACGCUGCAAGUAGCAACCCGUUACAGUGGACACGGCAUUCGCUUUCCCUUUAGGUUUGUUCUUAUUUGGCGCAUUUUGCUCGUUUUCAGUUUUUAAAAUAUUCUGCUAAAAUUACGAGAGUUCGUUCAUGGGAACACCUUGUUUAGAACCGUUUCGUUUCUUUUUCACCUUCGUCACAAAUUCAACACGGGAUGCGUCGAAUGCGCAUGUAUAUAUCAUUAAGCGCGUUGAAUCUGUCAAAAAAUGUAAACCUAUUCGAUGUAAAAGGAAUGAAAUAAUUGCGAAAAACGGGAAAAUCACAUAAAUCAAUGGAUGUAUUGCAAAAAGAAACAAGGAAAAAUGUAUGCUACAUUCUACGGAACCAGAAUGUGACCAAAUUUGAGUUUAUAUCGAGCUACUGUAUAUCUACUGUCUUGCAUUUUUCCUAACUUUCGGUCUUCCACUAACCUACUGACGCAGGCGAUCGUCAUGAUAAGUUUGUAUGUAGGCAAAAGUAUAAACUUAAACGGAAGAAAGAAGUACCCUUCAGCUGAAUGGUAGCAAUACCAUCCUGUCCCACCGGGACCAGGUGGUCGGAGUGUACAAAUAUGUAUAUACGUGUAUAAGAAAAACUAUUGUUCCACGUAGACGGUUUGCGUUUGAUUGGUUUAGUUCGUGGUCACCAACACCUCAGGUGGACGUCCACAGCCCAGAGUUAAACAAGUUCCUGUAGCGACAGCAACGAUUGGCGCAACAGAUCGUACUGCGCUUUCGCGUGUUUAAUCUCCAGUUCGGC